AUGUCUUCAGAUGAAGAAUCAGUCCACUCCAUAGUAGAAGAAGUAGAAAAUGAACUGGACCUGCACCCUGAAGAUGACAAUGCUGAAGGUACUGAAGAACAACCAACUGAGGAAGCCAAUGGUAGCCAAAAUGCAGAAGACGAGGCUGAGGAAGAAAGAGCAAAAAAUGUAGUGAAACCAAAACGAGUUGUUAAGAACCCACAGCCAAAGUUGAAUGAACAAACCUUACGAGGACCUAGGGGCCUGAGUGCUAUUGAAGGUUACUUCCAGAGAGUCAAGUUCAAAGGAAAGGGUCAUGAAGAGCAUGAUUUGAAUAUGCUGAUGAAGACAUAUGAAUAUUGGUGCCACAGACUGUUCCCAAAGUUUCCCUUUGAUCAUUGCAUUGCUCGUUUGGAAACAUUGGGCACCAAGAAGGGUACACAGACCCUUCUCAAACUGAUCAGAAUGGAUAUGGCAACAGACACACAUAUUGUCAGUGACAAUGAGGAGGAACAAGAAGAUAAUCAUCAAGAAUCCACAGAGCCUACACAAGAUGCAUUUGACCAAUUAUUACCAAGCACAAGUGGUACUCAGGCCCAGAGUACAAAUGACAGUCAAGAACUGCCAGAAGAUAUACAGGACAGAAUUAGGCAAAAUAGAGAACGUGCAGAAAGACUUAGACGAGAAAGGUUACAGAAGGCAAGGGAUCAAGCAGCAGUUUCUUUACCAGGAUCCAGUAGGAUAACAGAAUCUCAAAGCAUCCAAAAUCAAGUGUCGGUCAAUGGAGAUGUUGCUGAUAGUCAAACUGGGAAAAAUAAUGAAGUAGGAACUAUUGAUGACCUUUUGGAUGAAAUUAAUAGUAAAGAUUUCAACAGUGAGAAACACAAAAAUUCAGCAGUUGUAGACAGUGACGAAGAAGCUGAUCAAAAUGAUAUUCCUGACAAAAAUAAAUCAUCUGACCAUACUCAAAAUAGCUCUGCAAAUGCAAAAAAAUUACUAUCAGAAUCAAUUGAAGAUGAUAACAAUCAUUCCAGAACUCACAAAAGAUGUUCUAGUGAAACCAUUGAUCCAGAAUCUGAAGCUAAUUCAAACAAGAGAGUUAAAGUGAAUGGUAUAUAUGACAGUGAUGAUGAAGAUGAAAAAAGAAUAAGGAAAAAGAAAACAAAACUGAUGGAUAGCGAAGAAUCAGAUACUGAAGGAACAAUGAAUGAUAUAAAUACCAAAGAAAACUCUGACAAUAAGAAUCACAGUGAAGAUGAAAAAAUUAUAAAGAAAAAGAAAGCAAACCUGAUGGACAGUGAAGAAUCAGAGACUGAAGGAACCAUUGACCAGUUGCUGGAUGAUAUAAAUACCAAAGAAAACCCUGACAAGAACCAUGAUAGUGAAGAUGAAGAUCUACAUGAGGAUCACAAAAUACGUAUCAAAACAAAACGAAAGGUUAUAGAAAGUGAUGAAGAAGAAAAUGACAGUAAUUCCAGAAGAGACAAAAUGGAAGAUACAAAACACAGAAAGAAAACAAACCUAAUAGCAAGUGAUAGUGAAUCUGAUAAUGAAAAUGAUAUCAACAGAGAUAAUAUGGUUCAACAGUCACAAGAUAAAUCUCAUCACAUCAAUAAUUCUACCAUUGAUCAUAUGGAUAAGAAUGUGUAAAAACCCAAAAGAAAAAUCAGCUGCACUUGAUGAAAAUAGGCAAGAUAUGAGUAACAAAGAUGCAGAUACUUAUCCACUGUCAGAUGAAAUUAACAGCUAGGAAACAUGUGAGGCCAGUCAAUUCUUCAUGUUGAAAAAUAUUAAGUGAUUUUUUUGGGUUCAUAACCAAUCAAGUAAUAUUAAUGUGUUCAGAAAUCCUUGUUUCAAAUUAAAUUAAGUGUCCAUUUAAGUUGAGUUGUAAUAUCUUUGGAAAACAUGGGAUUCUGGGUUAUGUUGCAAAAGAAAAUUAAACUAUUAACGUAAAACCUUAUUUAAUAAAUCACAUUUUUUGUAUUACUACGCUAAUGAAAAAUAUAUAUACAAGCAAUAACA